AUGAACACAACAGACAUAGAGCGAUGCAGGAAACGAAUAAUUCAGUACCUAUGGGACCCAGAACCAAAAAAUGACGAAGACCCGGGCUCUCCCAUAUGGUGUCUCGGGACAUGCUAUGCACCACCUCAGCACAAUGGCACUGUCGACGAUCAGACAGCGCACGAUGAUGGGCGUUUUCCGACCACGGCGAGCGUGAACCAAAACGAGUGGCCAGAGGCGUUCCUCUCAGACUUCGAAUCCAAGAUAUGGAUGACGUACCGGUCAAACUUCACACCGAUACCCAAGGAUCCCACACGGGAUGGUAGCACAUCGUUGACCCUCAGUGUACGCCUGAGGAGCCAGCUUCUGGAAUCACAGGGCUUUACAGCGGACACGGGAUGGGGCUGUAUGAUAAGAUCGGGUCAGAGUCUGCUCGCCAACGCAAUGGCUAUCUUGUCUCUGGGACGUGAUUGGCGCCGCAGUGACGAGCCCACAGAGGAAGUCCAGGUACUGUCACUUUUUGCGGACACCCCAGAGGCCCCAUUUUCCAUACAUAAUUUUGUCAAGUACGGGUCGGACUUCUGUGGCAAACACACUGGAGAGUGGUUUGGCCCAUCGGCCACUGCCAGGUGCAUACAAGGUCUCACGACGAAUUAUAAGCAAUCGAUGCUCCAAGUAUACGUCACAGACGAUAACUCAGAUGUCUAUCAGGAUAAAUUCAUGAGCGUGUCCAGGAACGACCAGGGCAUCGUUUGCCCGACGCUCAUACUCCUAGGACUAAGACUAGGCAUUGACCGUGUCACAAACGUCUACUGGGAUGGAUUAAAGACCAUGCUCCAGUUUCCACAGUCCGUGGGAAUAGCCGGUGGACGCCCAUCAGCCUCCCAUUAUUUUAUCGGCGUUCAGGGAUCGCAAUUCUUCUACCUUGACCCGCAUACCACACGCCCCGCGGUCCAGCACACUUCAACAGGGGACCCAUACACGAAAUAUGAUAUUGAUACCUAUCAUACCCGUCGACUGAGAAGACUCCACAUCAAAGACAUGGAUCCUAGUAUGCUGAUCGGAUUUCUGAUCAAAGACGAACAGGACUGGGAGGACUGGAAAGCCCGCAUUGAGUCGACCCAAGGAAAGCCCAUCAUCAACAUACACACCGCGAGUGACGAUUUUUCAUUUCAAGAACGAUCUGAAGCGCUUGAUGAAGUCGAAGCAUUCGACGAUGAUGAGUAG